AACAUAAUUCUGGUCUACUCUAAAACGCGUCAUUUCGGGCCCCUUUAUCCUUUAUCAAUACAAUCGUCUUAUUCACUUUUGAUCGCACACCAUCAACAUGGGGAACAUUGGCAACGAGAAUGCAGUUCGCAGGGCUGACAUGGCGAUUGAUAGAACCACGCCUGAGAGUCAGACUCGAAUCUCGAAGGACCUGUCUACUUCGCCACAUAAUCACGGCUACAUGGAUGAGGCGAAUAUGAUCAGGAGAGCGGCGGGCAAGAUACCGCAUGUUUGCGUUGUCGGCGCUGGUGUCGCUGGACUAAGAUGUGCGGAUCUGCUGCUGAAACAGGGCGUUAAAGUGACAAUGUUGGAAGGACGGAAGCGGGUUGGUGGGAGAUUAUGUCAAAGCGAUGAGCUAGGCCAUAGGGUUGACCUUGGCCCGAACUGGAUACAUGGUACCGACGACAACCCUAUACUAGAUCUGGCCAAAGAAACCAAAACUACUACCAUGAACUGGGAUGGCCGCCAAUCAGUCUUCGACGGCCAGGGAAAUCACAUGUCAGACAAAGACGCGGCACAGAAUACGGAACAUGUCUGGACCAUCAUUGAGCGAGCUAUGAAGUUGUCGAACGAAACCUCGGCGACGAUACCCACGGACAAAAGUUUGUUUGACUACUUCCAAGAACAAGUCGUAGAAAUGUUUCCCAAUAACGACGAGGAAGCAAAGAAGCAACGGCAAACCAUACUCCAAAUGGCGGAGAUGUGGGGUGCUUUCGUAGGCUCGCCCGUUCAGAGGCAAAGCCUAAAGUUCUUCUGGCUCGAAGAGUGUAUCGACGGCGAGAAUCUCUUCGUUGCAUCUACAUACGACAAGGUACUGAAGAAAAUCGCUGAGCCGGCACUGAAGAACGCGACGAUCCUGUUUGAGCAUAAAGUGAAGCGGAUCGUAUCAGAAGGCAAAGCCGAGGAUACACGUGUCACUGUCGAAAUUCAAGGCCAACGAACCAUGACCUUUGACGAGGUCGUCAUGACGGCUCCACUGGGCUGGUUAAAGCGUAAUCCCGGAGCCUUCGUCCCAGAGUUACCGAAACAACUGACGGACGCUGUGGGAAGUCUAGGGUAUGGGCAUCUAGACAAGGUGUACAUCAGCUUUCCAAAGGCCUUCUGGAAUGAGUCCAUCACUAACGAUUCAACCUCGCCAUCCGCGUCCCGCGACCCCAGCAAACCAAACGUAACAGCAACAACGGCGCCCAUCCACCAAACGACAGACUCAUCAGUCAACCCAGCUCACUACCCAGGCUUCACACACUGGACACAUCCAACCUAUGCAUCUGAAACAAACCCCGAAUCCUGGGACCAAGAGGCCGUAAAUCUCGCCGCCCUGCCAGAAGGAACAGCCCACCCAACCCUCCUCUUCUACACCUUUGGCCCAACCAGCCUGCAUAUUGCACAACUCAUCGCCUCCAAUCCCGAAGUAAAGCACAAUACCCUCCUAAAUUCCUUCUUCGCACCCUACUACACCAAACUCCCCAACUACAACCCCAACGACCCCUCCUGCAUCCCUACAGCCAUCCUAGCAACAGCCUGGGCGAAUGACGAACUCGCCGGGUAUGGCUCCUACUGCAAUUUCCAGGUAGGGCUUGAGAAGGGUGACGAAGAUGUGGAGACGUUACGAAGAGGCUUGCCUGAACGCGGUGUUUGGUUGGCGGGAGAGCAUUGCGCGCCGUUUGUUGCAUUGGGGACGGUGACGGGGGCGUAUUGGAGUGGAGAGGGCGUCGCGAAACGCGUAUUGCAAGCUUAUGGACUUGAUGGGAAUUGAGAUAGUAUUGGACUAUGGCGGAUGGGCUUGCUUCAGGGUACUGUAACCACGCUUUCCCGGCUUGCUUGCGAUGGUCGUAAUGGAACAUCUUCUUUUACUCAAAGCUAUCAUCACUUUCCCGCAUACAACAGUACAGCUUCAACAACCACUGCGACCUCGGGAACCAAGUUCAGAUCCCAGUCUAUAUCAAAAUCGCAUUCUCUUUCACGAUCAUACGACGUUCUCACCCAAAGUGCGAAGUUUUCCCCGAACAAAAAUUAUGCCGGUGGGUCAUCUGCAUGAGUCGUCGCAAACCUCGCGCAUCGCGCAACAAUCCAACGCAUCACCAAAGAUCCUGAUUUAACUUCCGCUUCCGCAGGCAUUUCCAUCCCCACUAUCCCCAC